AUGACCGACAAGCUCCCUCCCAACCUGUUGGCGCUCUUCCAACCGCGUCCACCUCUCCGCUACAUCCCGCCUGGCGAUCGCGCGCCUGAUGACUGCAAAAAGAGUACUAUUGGUGGUGUGGCAGAUCUUCUUGGAGAUUUGAAGCAGUACGGCGAGGAGGUCCCGUAUAAUGCGACCGAAAGUUGGUUGCAGCGCAAUGCGCGUUUGAAGGUGGAGAAGAAGGAGCGCAUGGAACGGCAACUUACUGAAGGAGUUGAGAAAUAUGACCCCUCGACCGAUCCUCAAGCACGUGGAGACCCGUUCAGAACCCUGUUCAUUGCUCGACUGAGCUAUGAGGUUAAGGAAUCCGAUCUGGAGCGGGAAUUCAGUCGAUUCGGCCCUAUUGAGAGAAUCCGUAUCGUCAAAGACACGGAAAAACAGAACCCAAAAAAGCCUCAUCGAGGCUAUGCUUUCGUCGUCUUUGAACGCGAGAAAGAUAUGAAGGCCGCCUACAAGGAAACAGAUGGUAUUCGUAUCAAGGACCGGCGGGUGUUGGUUGAUGUUGAACGUGGUCGUACAGUCAAAGGCUGGCGACCACGUCGUUUCGGUGGAGGCCUUGGUGGACGUGGCUACACAAAGGCCGCUCCAGCUCGCCCAAUGGGACCAGGUGGCUUCAACGCACCCUCCGGUCCUGGUGGGUUUUCUGGCGGAUUCAGAGGUGGAUUCGGUGGCAGGGGUGGUGGAGGCUUCCGUGGAGGCUUUCGUGAUCGUGGAGGAUUUGGCGAUCGGGGAGGAUUUGGCGGCCCAAGGUCAGGUAUCGGUUAUCAGGGUGGCCGCAAUGGAUUCGGCGGUCAAGCUCCACCAAAUGCUCCUUCAGGUCCAGGAGGUGGCCGGAACGAUAGGCGAGGUGAUGGCAGACCUGAUCGUGACAGAAGGGGAACAGGCAGUAAUUCAGAGCCGGUAAGAUCUCGUGACUUUGGUGGUGACCGUGACCGCCGCGACAACAGAGACCGAGAUCGUGAGCAUAACCGCGACCGCUACGGAGAUAGAGAUGGGGAUCGCAGGGAUCGCGACCGGGGGGACCGAGGUGAUAGAUAUGGAGGACGAGAUGACUACUCUCGCAAGAGACACCAUGAAGAUGACGGGUAUGAUGACCCUCGAGCUAAAAGAAGGUACUAA